AUGGAGAUAGAAAUUGGUAAUUCCCCUCUUUCUCUAUCUGCUGGUGCUGGACACUUUGGUAACCACCACAAAAAGUUACUUAUCUUCAUUUCUAUCUAUGUACCUCAGUUGCUUCAUAUCUGUCUAUCUCAGUCUCUUCAUAUUUGUCUGUCUGUCUAUCUCAGUCUCUUCAUAUCUAUCUAUCUAUCUCUUUGUAUUUGUCUGUCUAUCUCAGUCUCUUCAUAUCUAUCUAUCUAUCUCUUCGUAUUUGUCUGUCUGUCUAUCUCAGUCUCUUCAUAUUUGUCUGUCUGUCUAUCUCAGUCUCUUCAUAUCUAUCUAUCUAUCUAUCUAUCUCUCUUCUAUUUCUCUAUCUAUCUAUCUAUCUCUAUCUCAGUCUCUUCAUCAUAUCUAUCUAUCUAUCUCUUCGUAUUUGUCUGUCUGUCUAUCUCAGUCUCUUCAUAUCUAUCUAUCUAUCUCUUCGUAUUUGUCUGUCUGUCUAUCUCAGUCUCUUCAUAUCUAUCUAUCUAUCUCUUCAUAUUUGUCUGUCUGUCUAUCUCAGUCUCUUCAUAUCUAUCUAUCUAUCUCUCUUCUAUCUAUCUGUCUAUCUAUCUCAGUCUCUUCUAUCUAUCUAUCUAUCUCUUCGUAUUUGUCUCUGUCUAUCUAUCUAUCUAUAUCUAUCUAUCUAUCUCUUCGUAUUUGUCUGUCUGUCUAUCUCAGUCUCUAUCUAUCUAUCUAUCUAUCUCUUCAUAUUUGUCUGUCUAUCUAUCUCAGUCUCUUCAUAUCUAUCUAUCUAUCUCUCUUUAUUUAUCUGUCUCUAUCAUAUCUAUCUAUCUAUCUAUCUCUUCAUAUUUGUCUAUCUGUCUAUCUCAGUCUAUCUAUCUAUCUAUCUAUCUCUUCAUAUUUGUCUGUCUGUCUAUCUCAGUCUCUUCAUAUCUAUCUAUCUAUCAUGACUGCAACAAUGGCUGCACCUGUUCUAUCUAUCUAUCUAUCUGUUCAUAUCUAUCUAUCCAUAUCUAUCUGUUAAUAUCUAUUCAUAUCUAUCUAUAA